AAUUUAGCGGUUUGCCACCUUGAGUCCUUGACGGAAUUCUACGCCCUUGGCUGGUGCAGUGACCAACUUCCCUGUUCCAGAGCAAGCCAGUCCCUCGAGUCUCAACGAUUCACAAUACUAUGGUACGGUACAGUCCCAGUGUCAUGGUAUCCAGCCUCCAGGUUGCCAGUUUAUUGCCAGACUCACAGUCCGGGCUUGCAUUGCAGUCCGGACACGAGAAAACCAAGCCGCUAGACAUGAGUUUGGGUACCGUUCCAGAGAGGGGGAUAUGCACGAACCGUCGUUUACCUUUUUUAAAUUAUGGCGUUGCACCAUCCGGGGGUGGCGGAAUUCAUCAAGAUUCUAGCAGGGAAACCAGCUGGUAGAUUCUCGAACAAUUCCGUCAACCCCGAAGUGCCCUGUGCCUUGAUCUGGCCUCAGUGUCUGUGAUCUUGCCUCAGUGCCUGUGAUCAUUUG